AUGCAUCGGCCUUCAGCUGAAUCUCCAAAAAAUGAUGUUCAUGCGCAACGGAUGGGUCUCGGAUGCUCCAUUCACGCUCAACGGAACGAACAUAUCCGAAUGCACCAGCUGCGUUUGUCUGGGUCGGGAACUGAACAUGAUGAACGACCUGACCCUGAGCUGGGCAGGAGGAGGCGAGCGGCCUGGGGAGCGCACAAGAGCAUCGAGGAUGUAGUGAAGAAGACCAGGAACACUCGGCUCCGUGCUCACUCCUUCAACACCACUGUACUUCCUACUUUGACCUAUGCUUCGCAAACGUGGGCAUUUCGCAAACAGGAAGAAAACGCGGUGAGCGUCAUUGAACGCGCAAUUGAGAGAGUGAUGCUAGGAGUAUCCUGUUUCACGCAAGUGAGGGACGGGAUUCGAAGUUCUCUCCUACGUCGGCGGUCGAAGAUUAGAGACGCCGCCACGUUUGCCAAGGAAGAUAAAAUAAGGUGGGCCGGACACGUGAUACGCUUCAACGACAACCGUUGGACCAGAGCCGUGAGCGACUACAGGAAGACCGCCGACACGAUGGAGGAACCACUAGGCUACUCCGGUACGCGAUCGGGACAAAUGGAAGAAUUACUGGCGCCCGCUCGACCAGUUCGAAGAAAAGCGGGAGUCAAGGUGAUCAAGAGUCACCACACCCUAGCUGUCAGCACUCCAACGUACACGCGAAGAAUGCGUGUAGCACUUCUUUUAACUUUUAUUGUGAGCUACUCAUUUGCGCGGGUUUUUCAAAUUCCGCUAGUACAUGAUGUGGCUGAAAUGACAAGGACGAUUUGGAAGGGAACACAAGCAGCACAGCUCAGCGGGAUGAAAGUCAGACAAAAGGAAGAAAUGGGAAACUUCGCCGAGGAAAAAUCGUAUCCUCAAAAUGUGAAGACACACCUCGGCGUAGGAUGGAUUGGUGAGAUCAGGAUCGGCACUCCACCGCAGACAUUCAACGUAUUAUUUGACACUGCAACAGCAGAGUUCUGGGUACCCGAUUACACAUGUGCAGAAUCCAAAAAUCCAACAUGUGAACUUGCCGUCUGCGACACUGGAAAAGCGUGCAGCAUUUUUUGUCCUGACAUGACGUGCUGUGAGGAGAAUCCAAUGCCAAGAAAGUUGAAUCCUUGCAGAGGAAAACGAUAUUUCAAUCAGAGGCAAUCAGAUUCGUAUGUGGUAAUGGAUAAACAGUUUAACCGAUCAGGUGAAAACGCAAUCCUUGGUUUCAUCGGACAAGACACUGUUCAACUGGGCGAGAAAGGACCAGAUAGCCUGGUCAUCCCAGCUGCUACGUUUGGUCAGGUUAAGGAACUCGGUGUGAACUAUGCUUGGACUCCUUUUGAUGGCGUUCUCGGCUUGGGAUUUUCGACACUGUCAAAAGAGAAUUUUGUGUCUGCAUUUGAACAAGCCUACAAGCGUGAAAUAGUGGAUCCCGUGUUCACAUUAUUCUUAAAGCAAAACAGCGAAGGUGGAGUGAUUACAUUUGGAGGACCAGACAAGCAGCAUUGCGGAGAUCUCCUUGAAUACGAGAAGUUAGUAGACGGUCCAGCUGGUUGGCAGUUCAAGAUGAAAACAUUUGUCGGCCCCGGCAUCCAAUCUAGAAAUGGAUGGGAAAUUGCAGUCGAAAACAACAAUCCCUCUAUCGGCAUGCCGGAUUUUUUUAGACGCCUCAUCGCUAGAGAAACAGCUGCUAAGCACGAUGAAGAAGAAGAUGUUUAUUAUGUCGACUGCAAUACGAAAUUUACAUUUGAGUUCGGCAUUGGAAACCACAACUACACCGUCGACUCAAAAAACCUCAUUAGAGAAGUCGAAGAUGGCGAAUGUAUUUUAAAUUUAAACGACUAUAACACGAGCCUCAGAAGACAUUCCGGAGGACUUCGAAGAGUACUCCGAACAGUGGCAGAACUAACGGAAACGGUGCAUCGAUAUGCAACGAGCCUACUUUGA